CGAGCCAUGUACGAGACGUGAUUAAAUGACGUUUAUUUGUUUUUAGUUUACCAAUAACAAAAUUGAAGCGGUACCGGUAAUUACUGUGAUUUUCAUUCGUGAUAAAAGUUAUAUUGAAGUCGUAUUUUAAAAUUAGUUAAACUUAUCCUGAAAAGUAAUUAUGAAUAACUUUUACAUCUGUGUUUACAUAUUUUCAGUGACAAUCAGUUACAGUAUUAUAUCUGCUGUUGCUUGUAAAGGUUGUCUUAAUCUUGAUGAAUACAAUUUUGAUAAAAUAAUUCCUAGGUUUGAAGCUGUUUUAGUAAAAUUUGACGUGGCAUAUCCCUAUGGGGAUAAACAUGAAGUCUUUAAUGCAUUGGCUACGGAAGUUGUAGACAAUAAAAAUUUUAUACUAGCUGAAGUUUCAAUCAAAGAUUAUGGCGAAAAAGAAAAUGAAGAAUUUUCAAAAAGGUUUGGUAUUAACUCCAAGGAUGAUUUACCAACUUUAAGACUUUUUGUUAAUGGCGAAGAUGAACCAUUUGCAUUCGAAAAAAAUAUUCCUUGGAAUAACGAAAAUUUGAAAACUUUUAUUAGAGAUCAUAGUAACAUUUAUCUUGGAUUACCAGGCUGUUUGGAAGAGUUUGAUAAAUUGGCUUUCAAGUUUGGAAAUAGUAAUAACAAAAAAGCGGUACUUGAGGAAGCUGAAUCAGCAGCCAGUAAACUACAAACAGAGAAAGAACAAGAAGCUGCUAAUAUCUACAUUAAAUUCAUGAAUAAAGUGAUCGAGGUAGGAAAUUCUUUCACAGGCCAAGAAAAAAAGAGGCUGGAGAAAAUAUUAUCAGAAGGAAAAGUGGCUGAAAAGAAGAAAAGAGAACUUUUCAAUCGUCUAAAUGUUCUAAAAUCAUUCAAUUUUGAAACGAAGAAAGUUGAACUUUGAUUUAAGUGGUUAUUGAUUUAUUUGUUGUCUUUGCCUGUUAUGUAUGUUUUUCUUCAAUUAUUCUCUUUAUUACAUAAGAAGUAAAUAAGAGAAAUGUAAUUGAAGUGAAUGAAUUUUCAAAACACCUUCAUAACUUUUGACCAAAGUUUUCCAUUACAAUUUUGAAUUUUUCGAAUUGUGUACCAAAACAUCCUCAUUCUUGGUGGUUGUGAAUAUUUUGAUGUUCAGUUUAACAAUAAUUUUUUGAGAAGAAACUAGUUUUCUAACAGUCUGAAUUUAGUUGUUUGAAAAACAGCAAGAAUUCACUAGUUUUUGUUGAAAAAUAUGGACGACUAUAAAGUUUAUGUAAUAGUUCCAAAAGAUAGUUGAACUUUGUUGGCAUAUGUGUAAACAGCAUGCAUAAAAACCUUAAUCAAAUAUUUAUACAAAAAAAAUUGAAAUAUAACAAUUAUAACAAAUCACAUGAUCCAAGUCCUGAAUCCUGAUAGUAUUUCUCGAUACACAUUAGUACAUUUCUCAUUUAAAAUCUAAAGCCCUUGAAUUGCUGGUAAGAAGAUCUGAUAGUUGAGUUAGACAGUCUAUGUCUUAUAGCCCAUAUAUGGUUCAUAAUUACCUGGUUUUCUAAUAUGGUGAUGGACAAUACUUUGGGUGAGUACAGUGAUUGAUCUAAUUGGAUCCCUAUUGAAUAUUGCAUGUAUAAACAUAAUCCACAACUAUCACACCUGCAUCAAACUUGUCAAUUUUAUCUCUCUGAAUAACAAGAUAUAGCUGUAAGAAAACAGAAGAGGAAUGCAAUAGGAUAAAGUUAACUGUAGAGUGAAAAAAUGACUUAAUAACAUUCAUAAAAUUACUUGGCUCACAACCAUUCGACAUGUCAAAAGGAUUGGAUGAAAGUCUGUGGUGAAAAAACUCUUAUCGUCAAAUCCAGUCCAUCAAAAAUAAGUUGUCUGUGCAUCAAAUUGUACAGUAACUAAUUUAUAGCCUUUUAAAAUUGAA